AUGCCAAGUUACCACUAUGGAGCGAAGAUACCGGUUACUUGUUUGAACAGAUCGAUUGACACUGGUGAGCACAUUUCCAACGAGAAGAACGAACUCGAAUACAUCCCUUUCCCCAUCUGCGAAGAAACGGGCAAGCCAUUGGAGUUACAAUAUGGCAUUGAAGAUGAGCUCAACUGUACAAUCCCCAUGAUUACGGAUCCUUUCUUCCAUCUCCUCGAAUUCUACGUUCAUAACGAUGCCCCUCUCUCCUGCCGAAUACCAUCCCGUCCGCCCGCACAUAUCCUCCCUGGCGGCGAAACCCAUAUUCCUCCCGAAUUUCAACAGGAGUUUGUUCCUCUGGUGUUUGCGCUUGCUGGAACGCUUCAACUCUCCCACCUACACAUUUCCACCCAUCUCAACAUCUUGCUCCACAGCGAGCCGAAGCACCAUUUGCACCAUCAUGAUAGCGGAGUGAUUGACUCUGGUGCGGCAUACAGCACUUCGCCAUUAUCACAUAUCACAGGCCCGGCAGCAUUGACAAAGAAGUUAGUUAUUGGCGAUCCUCUGCCGCUUCAGUUCUCUAUCCGAUGGUUUCCUACACCGCAUCUUCCCCGAGAGAAUGGCAAGAUUGAAUGGGCUGGUAUUGGAGGACACUUCUACGCCAGCACCUUCUUCUACUGCGUUAUUAGUGCAAUGGCUGGUGCUGUUGGAAGCGGCAUGUGGUUCUUUGGAGUAGUGUUGCCGAGGAGACUUAAAGGUAGACCUUUGGGAGGUGCCACACCGUUAGGAUAUGGUGUCGGCAAUGGUUGGGGCGUUGGAGCUGGCGUGGGCAAGAGAGAUUAG